UGCUUUAAGAAUAACAAAAAAAAUUAUUAUUUUAUGAAAGAAUAAACAUGUCAACUGAACUAAGAAAUCACUUAAGAGAAAUAAUCGAAAUAGUGUUCAACAGAUGGACAGCCCUGAGACUCGCUGUAGAGCAUGGAAUGGGAGGCCAAAAUGGUUUGCAAACUGCUAUUGAAAUGAUCGAUUAUGUAACUGAUUGCUGUAUCUCAAAUACUAAAAUCGAUGAAGAAAACAUUGUAGAUUUACUUGAAGACAUAAUGGAUGAAGAAUUCAAUACAAUUUGCGAGGAUAAUUCAAUUGCAGAAAUUGCAACUUUUCUCAUUAAAUAUUUUAAUAUGUUGAAGAGUGGAAACAUACAACAGAUUCAACAAGAGCUAGGAUCCCUGCCGCCAUGUGAGAAAUGGAUCGUUCAAGGAAGAAAAAUAAAUUUUGUUUCAAAACCUGAAGACGAAAGUUCCUCGGACGAAGAAGAUGAAGAAAUGGUUGAGAGCACAAUUGAAAGUCCGAACGUGAAAAUAAAUGAUAAUUCUCUCCCGCCAAGUACCAGUGGUAGUACCAUGAAAGUAAUUGAGGAAGAAGUAGAUCCAGGCUGGACAGUUGUAAAAACUAAAAAAAGGAAGUGAACAAUUUUGGUCUUCACAUUUUGAGAUAACUUCCGUUAAAAUAAAAACUAUCUAUAUUGAUUAUAGGUAAUAUUUAUAAAUCAUUAAGAGUU